AUGGCGAAGGCGCAGCCGUCCAGCCUGGAAAUCAGGAAUGCUAUCCUAAAUUACGGUUUGCCACGGAUCGACCCCGCGCACUGGCUCACCAAGUCGGACCCCGCCUCUGAACGCUCCUCUUCGACGCUGGAUCUGAUCAGCGACAGCACAGCAGAGCACAGCGAGGAGGCGUGGCUUAAGCCAAGAGACUCCUCCGUCGAGCCGCAGGAACUGUACGAGCAGAGAGGAUGUGGAGAACGCCGUCUGAUGCAGGGGGAGAAGGUUGCCCAUCAGGAUAUGGCGAAGCCCGAGGCAAUCGAAGGCGCUGUGACUCUGGAGAAGUGGGCGGAGGACAACCGCUCCGUAAUGACAAGGACGCAGCGGCGUCACAAGCAGCGGAAGUGUGCGCAAGCUAGGCUGAGGAGCGAGAUCCCCGACGCGACGGCUGGCAACUCGAACGUCUCGAACGACAUGCGAGCGAAUGUAGCCGCCACCAAGAUGUUUCAGUGA